AUGGCCGCUCUUGGUGAGGAUUUGCUUGGAAUAGUUAACAAGCUGCAAGAUCUUGUCUUUAAUACUAUUGGCAAUGAUAGCUUGGAUCUGCCACAGAUUGUAGUCGUUGGUUCUCAAUCGUCUGGAAAAUCCUCUGUGCUCGAGAAUAUCGUCGGCCGAGAUUUCCUUCCCCGUGGCAGCGGAAUCGUCACACGCAGACCCCUCAUUUUGCAACUUAUCAAUGUACCAUCGGAGGAUGAAGAUGCACCGGAAGCGCAUACAGCAGCCAGCGUAGCUACGCAACCAGAAUGGGCCGAGUUCCAUCAUAUUCCCAAUCGAAGAUUUACAGAAUUUCAAGAUGUGAAAAGGGAAAUCGAGAACGAAACGGCGAGAAUAGCAGGAAAUAACAAGGGGAUCAACAGAUCGCCUAUCAACCUUAAGAUUUACUCGCCGCACGUUCUAAGCUUGACCUUGGUGGAUCUGCCAGGUCUAACCAAGGUUCCUAUUGGAGAUCAACCCACGGAUAUCGAAAAGCAGACCCGAAAUCUGAUAUCGGAAUAUAUUGCGAAGCCAAACAGUAUCAUUUUGGCUGUAUCCCCAGCAAAUGUCGAUAUCGUGAACUCGGAGGCUCUAAAACUUGCCAGACAUGUCGAUCCUCUUGGCCGAAGAACUAUUGGAGUUCUCACAAAGAUAGACCUUAUGGACCAUGGCACGAAUGCUAUGGAUAUUUUGUCAGGAAGGGUGUAUCCUCUGAAGUUGGGAUUCAUUGGUGUUGUCAACCGGUCACAACAAGAUAUCCAAGGCAACAAAACUCUUUCCGAGGCACUGAAGUCAGAAGCGGACUUUUUCAAACACCACCCUGCAUACCGAAAUAUGGCAAACCGAUGCGGAACCCAAUUCCUGGCGAAAAGUCUCAACACUACUUUGAUGGCACAUAUUCGAGAAAGAUUACCCGACAUCAAGGCUCGGUUGAAUACUCUCAUGGGACAAACGCAACAAGAGCUUGCUAGUUAUGGAGACAUGCACUUUAGCGGCAAGGAGCAUAAAGGUGCAUUGAUUCUGCAAUUGAUGACUAGAUUCGCAUCUUCUUUCAUCGCAUCCAUUGAUGGUACCUCGACGGAGAUCUCGACUAAGGAGUUAUGUGGAGGAGCCAGGAUAUACUACAUCUUCAAUUCUGUAUUUGGAAAUUCAUUAGAGACUAUAGAUCCAACGACAAAUCUUUCUGCCCUAGACAUUCGAACAGCCAUACGAAACUCGACCGGUCCUCGUCCUAGCUUAUUUGUACCCGAGCUCGCAUUCGAUCUUUUGGUCAAGCCACAAAUCAAGUUACUCGAAGUUCCUAGUCAAAGAUGCGUGGAACUUGUCUACGAAGAGCUCAUUAAGAUAUGCCAUACAUGUGGCUCCACCGAACUCACCAGAUUUCCCAGACUCCAGACCAAGCUCAUCGAGGUGGUUUCUGACUUGCUGCGAGAACGUCUUGGCCCAGCAUCUCAAUAUGUGGAGUCUCUUAUUUCCAUCCAAAGGGCAUACAUCAAUACAAAUCAUCCAAAUUUCCUAGGUGCAGCUGCAGCCAUGAGUAAUGUUGUUUCUAACAAACAGGAAAAGGAGAGAAGGAAGUUGAUACAAGAAGAAAAGGAGAGAAAGGAGCACAGGCGCCGAAAAGAGCUCGAAGCUGUGAAUGGAGCAGAUACCCCGGAAGAAGGAGAAGAUGCUGUUCCAGAGAAGCUUGAAAACUUACCGCAGCGAAAACACCUACAGAAAACUUCUCGAAGCAUGUCACCUGCAAUCCGUGAAAACGGUACUAGCGCGAUGGUAUCAUCAAUGAACGGUCUACGUGGAGGAUCACCACCCAGGUUCAAUGGUCAAGCGGCUGGUGGUGCGCGUGAUUCGUUCUUGAAUUACUUUUUCGGCAAAGAUGGUGGUUUACCAGGUGGAGCAGGCGUUCCACAAGCAGCUUCAUCUGCGCAAAUGAUGGGCAAUCCUAACCUUGGUAGACACGUGAGCCAAAGCGCAGAACCAAGUAUCACACAAAGUAUUAGGCGGCAGGAGGAACGUCCUGUACAAAGAACACCUGCCCAACAAGCUCGUGAAGAUGAUUACGAGCUUGGUCGUGCACAAAGAGAUUACAACUAUGAUUCCCCAUUCGGUAAUAACUCCGAACCAGCACUUACAGAACGCGAAGCCAUGGAAACUGAACUCAUUCGCGCUCUCAUAUCCUCAUACUUCAACAUCGUCCGCGAAUCAAUAGCAGACCAAGUCCCUAAAGCCGUUAUGCAUCUACUAGUCAAUCACUCCAAAGAUGUAGUGCAAAAUCGUUUGGUUAGUGAAUUGUACCGCGAAGAUCUAUUCAGUGAAUUACUUUACGAGGAUGAUGCCGUAAAGAAGGAGAGAGAAAAGUGCGAGAAGUUGUUGAGAACGUAUAAGGAAGCUGCGAAGAUUGUAGGAGAAGUGGGAAUGUAA